CAUCAAAGAGAAUCCAGAUAAUUUUUAUAUCGAUAUGAACGGAAUUAUUCAUGGAAUUAUUAAUGAAAACCUGAGCACAUAUAAUGGCACAGAUAAUGAUAUUAUUUUUAACGCCAUAUGUGAUUAUAUAGAUGAUUUAAUUUUUAUGAUCGACCCCAAGCAAUUAAUUUUUAUUGCAAUAGAUGGUGUUGCUCCAAGAGCAAAGAUGAAUGAGCAACGUAAAAGGCGGUUCGAAAAAGCUAAUGCAAACGAUAAAUUUGAUAGAAGCUCUGUGACUCCAGGAACGAAGUUUAUGAAAGAUUUUUCAGAGCAUAUUAAAGAAUUUAUUUCUAAAAAAAAUCAGAAUGAUAGUGAUUGGAGAACCAAAAAAAUUAUAUUCUCUGGUCAUGACGUACCAGGCGAAGGAGAGUAUAAAAUAUUAGAAUAUAUUCGUCGUUCUGAAUUAGAUAGUUUAAAGCAUUUGAUAUUCGGAAAGGAUUCAGAUAUAAUUUUAUUGGGACUUUUACAACAUACAAAAAAUAUUAAAGUAAUUUGUACUGACAA